AUGGGUAACGGAGCCAAGGCUGCGCAGAAGCGCGAGCGCAAUGCGAAGGACAGCAAGGUCGCCAAGUCGCAGUUGAAGUCGAAUGUCAAGGCUAUGGAUAUCCAGUGCCAGAUCUGCAAAUCGACCUUCUUGAAGACUACCCGUGCGCCUCAGCUCAACGAGCACGCUGUCAAUAAGCACAACAAGUCCAUCGCCGAUUGUUUCCCCGGCCACGACGCUCCUCCAGCUAAAUAG